GGGCUGCAUUACAUACAAGAUUCGUAGGCUUCCGCUGAAGAGGAGACGCUUGGAGGUAAUGGCUGUCGUAAAAGCUAGUUAUUUCUGGAGACUUCUUGAGGAUUUGGAGUAAUGCCUAGGUUAAUAUCACAGAUGCACAUGACCUGGGGAAUCUACAUGUAACACCAGUUGAGCCCCAGAAAGGCAGUGCAGCCACAGAAGUGCUGAGAAGAGGAAGGGCCCUGCUGGUCAAGCAGUGGGACUGACAAUCAAGACAGCUGGAUCUACGUAACAGUGGGGAAGGCAAGGCCCCCUUCUUUCCCCAUCACAGCCAGGGGGCGGAGCCUUCUCUGAGCAGCUUGGAAGUGAGCUGUGCCUGGCCAGCCUUGGGGGAGGGGCUGCAUUUCGCGAGGCUGCAGCUGACAAGAAGCUUCAAGCCUAGGUUAAUAUCACAGAUGCAUGUGACCUGGGGAAUCUGCAUGUAACACCAGUUAAGCCCCAGAAAGGCAGUGCAGCGACAGAAGUGCUGAGCGGGGGAAAGGCCCUGCAGGUCAAGCAGUGGGAGUGAGAAUCAAGACAGCUGGAUCACAGGGCCAGACCCACCACGAUCCACAUGACAGUGGCCAGGGGGCGGAGCCUUCCCUGAGCAGCUUGGAAGUGAGCUGUGCCUGGCCAGCCUUGGGGGAGGAGCAGCAUUUCUGGAGGCCGCAGCUGACAAGAACCUUCAAGCCUAGAUUAAUAUCAGAGAUGCACAUGACCUGGGGAAUCUCCAUGUAACAACAGUUGAGCCCCAGAAAGGCAGUGCAGCCAUAGAAGUGCUGAGAAGGGGAAGGGCCCUGCUGGUCAAGCAGUGGGACUGACAAUCAAGACAGCUGGAUCUACAUAAUAGUGGUAUCUUCCAGUGUCGUCCCAUUCAAACAACGUGUUCAAGAAUCCUUGGGAAAUUGAGGUGAAGGAGAACAAGCCACACAAACUGUAAACCCUUUGUAGUCCUAAGACAAAAGAGACUUGUUAAGAGUUUUGUUUUUGUUGAAAUCGGCUUUAGCAGUGACAAGGACAGGCAGCCACCUCAACCUUUUAUAAUAACUUCUUUGCACAGAAAUCCAAAUCAUAAUGGAUGCUGAGUAUGUCCUAUGCAAUUGGCAAGACCAGUUAUGGCCAGCAAAAGUUUUGUCCAGAUCUGAAACUUCAUCAAACAGUAAGAGAAAAAAGGCGUUUUCCCUAGAAGUUCAAAUACUCUCACUAGAUGAAAAAAUUAAAGUGGACAGCACAGAAACAAAGAUUCUGAGUAAAUCUCAAAUUGAAACCAUUGCCUCUUCACUAGCAGUACAGUCAGAGAUCAGUGAUCCACCUGGAGAGGAAACAGCCUAUGCAAGAUCACUAAAAGCGGCACUGGAUAUUCUGAACAAGAGAACAAAUUUGAGUCAAGAAAGCAUUUCAGAUGAAGAAGAGAUCACUAUGCUGUCUCAAAAUACAGCAGAAGAGGUGUCUGAUUCACCCCCUCCUAAAAAGUAUCGGAAGCAUGAAGGGGACUCACCAAAGUGUCCUGAAGAGAGUGAAAACCCAGCAUCCCUGUUGGUACAUUCAGAGAGUGAUGAUUCCUUGUAUGAUGAUAAAUCUCAGAUGCACACAACCAGUGGUACUAUUCCAAGUGAAAUGGAAACAAAGUCAUCACAAAACUCCAGCUGGUGCCAAACUUUCCCUUCAUUUUCAGAUGAUGAUGAUGAAAAAGAGAACAAGAAAAAGAUUGACAUCUCAUCAGUUAUGUCUGUGCAUUCUACAGUAAAAGAGGAGGGUGCAUGUGUUAAAGAUGAAAAGUUUGUUCCAUCUUUGCCAUCAGAUAUCCUCUCUGUGCCUAAAGCUUUGGAAGACGAGGCACAAAACAUCUGCCCAGAGACCCUGGCUAUUCCCUCUGAAUGUUCUACCUUCUCAGAGAAUAUUGAGGAUCCUGGAGAGGGUCCCUCAAAUCCAUGUGUGGUUGCCAGCCAGAAUCAACCUUCUGUGGAAACAGAGAUGGGAGCCACGACAUCUGCUCCAAGUUGUUCAUGGGAAUGCCAGGUUUCACUUAGUCCCUCUAACCGUGUCCAGGAAUACUCACUACUUCUUGCGAAUAAUGAACCAAAUCUUCAGGGACUGGAUUUUGAAGAACUUGAGGAUGAAAUUCAGGCUUCUGAUAAGUCAUCACUUCUAAAUCCUGUUAAUGCUUCUGCAUUAGAUGACAAUGAGGAAGAUGAGGAACUUCCACGCUUUGUUUUUCAUUAUGAGCCACGUUCAUUUGAAACAGGAAUGAUAGUCUGGUUUAAAUACCAAAAAUACCCAUUUUGGCCUGCAGUAAUAAAAAGCAUCAGGCGAAAAGAGAAGAAAGCAAGUGUGCUUUUUGUUGAGGCAAACAUGAAUCCUGAAAAGAAAGGUAUUAGAGUACACUUUCGAAGACUAAAGAAAUUUGAUUGUAAAGAGAAACAAGCACUAGUGGAUAAAGCCAGGGAGGAAUAUAGUGAAAGUAUUGACUGGUGCAUCUCCCUGAUUUGUGACUACAGAGUUAGAAUAGGUUGUGGCUCUUUUGCAGGCUCUUUCCUUGAGUAUUAUGCUGCUGACAUUAGUUAUCCAAUUAGGAAAGUAAUCAAACAAGAUACCUUCAGGAACAUAUUUCCAAAGCUGCAUAAUGAAGAUACUAUGGAACCGAUGGUUGUGACUUCCCAAGCCAAGAAAAUGUCCUUCCAGAAAAUUCUCCCUGACCGGAUGAAGGCUGCUCGGGACCGAGCCAACAAGAACCUGGUGGACUUCAUCGUAAACGCAAAGGGAACAGAGAACCACCUUCUGGCCAUUUUAAAAGGCACAAAAGGAUCCAGAUGGCUGAAAUCAUUUUUGAAUGCAAAAAGGUUUACUCCCUGUAUUGAAACAUACUUUGAGGAUGAUGAUCAGUUGGAUGAGGUGGUGAAAUAUUUACAAGAAAUCUACAAACAAAUAGAUGAAAGAAUGCUGACUCUAAUAAAAGAUGAUAAAAUUAAAUUUAUCCUGGAAGUUCUUCUGCCAGAAGCAAUUAUUUGUUCAAUUUCUGCAGUUGAUGGAUUAGAUUACGAGGCAGCUGAAGCAAAGUAUCUAAAAGGACCAUCCCUAGGCUACAGGGAAAGAGAAUUAUUUGAUGCAAAAAUCAUAUUCGGAAAAAGACGGAAACCAUUAGCAAAAGAAGCUCCUUAAAUCUCCUGAGAGUUGAAACCAUAGCAGGGAGCAUUCAUAGAUACUAGUUUUUCAAAAUCUCUGAAUAUUAGCUGUUCUAACUGCAAUGAGAUUCCUCAAACAAUUACAGAUAGAUCUACCGUGUGACCCAGCUAGUCCACUGCUGGGAAUAUACCCAGAGGAAUGGAAAUCAUCAUGCAGAAGGGAUACCUGUACUCCCAUGUUCAUUGCAGCACUAUUUACAAUAACCAAGAGUUGGAACCAGCCCAAAUGUCCAUCAUCAGAUGAGUGGAUAAGGAAACUAUGGUAUAUCUACAUAAUGGAAUACUACUCUGCUAUAAAAAAGAAUGAAAUACUACCAUGCACAGCAACAUGGAUGGACUUAUCACUUAUCUGUGGGAGCUAAAAUAAAUAAAUAUUCAAACAAAUAAAGGGUGGGGGGGAAGAAGACACAACAAUCACAACAAUUCCUUGAACUCGUUAAGACAAGUGAACAGAUAUGAUGUAGUGGUGAGGAAGUGGGGAAAGAGGAACAGGUAAAGGGACAAGAAAAUCAACUACAAUGUAUAUUGAGAAGUUAAAAUGAAAGAAAAUUUAAAAAUCUCUGAAUAAUUCUCUCUAACAUGUAGUUUCUGAAAAUGGAAGACAUUGGGUAAUAUGUUCACUUUUUUUUUGAGAUCUUUAGGAUCUGUAGGUAUCACUACAUCUUCCUUUCCUUUUCUUGCACUUCUUCUAAGUCAAUUUUGUCAACAUAUUUCAGCAGGUCUACUUUCCCAUACAUUUUUAGAAUACAUAAUUACUAAAUGAUUUUAAGGGAAAGUACCGUUUUGUUUUAUGGCAUUUUUGUGUGUCUGCUGUAUAGUUAAAUACAAUGUGCACAGUCAUUUUAAUAUUAAAAUUGCACUGCUAUUAGAUAUUAUGCAAGAUGAUUAGAAAAAAGUCUGAAAGAAACUUCAAUUAUAUAUUUUUGCUUAAUUUUUAUAAAAUAUUGGGUUUUCUCUUAAGAUAGUUGAAUUAUUUUUCCUGCUAUGCCUAUUUAUUUUUGGAAAAAAAUAUAUCUCUGAGACAUAACCAAAGAUAGAUAUGCUUUGCUAUGUAUUAUAACUAACUAUAAUUGCUUUUGCAAGAAAACAAUCUGAAACUCAAAAGUAAGUUAAAUGGAUUACCUGCAUGUAGUCUAUAUGUGUCUGAAUAACAUCUCAGCAUGCAGAAGAUAAUUCUGGUAGCCGUAAAUAGGAUUCUUCAUUCUGCACUUCCCUGAAAUUCUAUUUUUGGAAGUGUCUAUCCUUCAAUGGCUGAAUAGUUUCUUAAAACAGACAGGCUUCUGGCUGUCUUCAUAACAGUGAGUGGAUCUUCUUAAUAUAGCUGUCUGACCACAUAUUUAAGGCAGCUAGAGUAAUUGUAUUCACAGUCUGGCCACUCUAGACCUGAGUCCAGGCUGACUGCUUAAGAGCCCAUCUAGUUUGAUAAAAGCCGUAGAAAAAUCAAGCACUUUGUUCUGAGUCUAUCUCCAAAUAUGUAAUUUGUCGCAAAUGAAGCAAGCUUUAUUAUCUGGCUUAUUUGUAGAUUAGUUUCAAUUGGUUCCAAUAACAUAAAUGAUAACUGGUAAGUCAUUCCAAACAGCUUAGAAGGAUUAGAUGGACCAGAGUCUGGGAAUUUGGAAUUAGGUCACAGAAAAAGCCUCUAUUUGGCUAAAUAUGAUAAUUAUAUAAAUAUGGUUAAAUAUACAAAACUAAAAAUCUGAAGCCAAUAAAUUGUUUAUCCUAACUUGAAACAAGAUUUUCUGUGAAAAUAAAUGGUAGCAAAGCUAUUUUAUUUUUAAAACUUGAUGUGAAAAUAAAUGCUAAGGGCUUAACAUAAACUUGUGCAUUUUUACCUCUUAGAGUGAGACAACUGUCACUUUUGGGCUCUUGUUAUGUGUUCACAUGGCUACAUGUUUAUGUAAAAUUUGCCAAAGUUUGGUGUUUUGAUUUGCAAUAACUAUUAUAUCCUUCACCCUGAAUGUUCACUUCAUCAUACUUCAGAUUGUGCAGCUACAUAAGUGCUGUUUAUGUAAACUAAAAACUAUGUUACAUAUAUAUACACAUA